GACGACGACGACGACGAUGAUGAAGACGGUGAUGAAGAAGAAGAAGAAGAAGAAGAAGAAGAAGAAGAGGAACAAGAUAAUAAUGGUGACGGUAUCAAUUUCGCAAGGGGGAUGACGUCGUCCGAAGAAGUUGUGAUUAUUGACGGUGGGGUUCCUGAGAAUGGCGAUGAUGCCACGGCGGAGGGUGGGCGUGAAAGAGGCAGCAAGAAGGGAAGGUUCAGUAGUGAUGGUACAGGGGGUGGAACGGCGUCGUUGAAGGGCGAGGACGGCGGAGAAUUCGGAGAGUUCAGUGGAGGUGAAGUGGAUGGACUAUAUUGCCCUAUCUGCUUUGAGGCUUGGUCCUCUGGCGGUGAUCACCAUAUGUGUUGUUUGCCUUGUGGGCACAUAUAUGGUUUGUCUUGUAUCCGGAAAUGGUUGGCUCGUCGAGGCUCAAGCAAGUGUCCACAAUGUAAAAAGAACUGUCGGAUGAAAGACAUUCGGCUACUUUAUGCUUCACGAAUUGUUGCCAUCGAUGGAGAGCUUCAGAAGACAGUACAAUCACUUGAAGCUAAAUGCGCAUCUCUUGAAAAACAGGGCGCUGAAUGGUCUAGUAAGGAAUUGAAAUGGAAGAAAAAAGAAAGUGAUUUGCACAAGCAAGUUCAAUAUCUCGAAGCGAGGAUCCGAGUCUUGAAGGUUCUUCUAGAAAAUGAGGAACGCAGGGCUUCAGCUUCAAGAUCAUCUGCAUCUGGAUCUGAUGCUAGAUGUUCGAAUAAGUUCACAUUGCAGAAGGACUUUCUGAUAGAAGGGGCCCGAUUCUUUGACGUUGAUUCUUCCAGUGAGAGCUAUAUAUUUGCUCGAAGGCUUCUAAGGAUGGGGGGAAUGCAUGUGCUGACCAAAGUAAGCGCAGAGAGCAACAACAUUGUCCUUACUUACAAUUUGCCGGCUGCUGCAUGGUCAUGUGCAUGGGAUGUUUCAGAUUCUCACUAUGUAUACACUGGCUUGCAGAAUGGCACGGUUUCGCAGUUUGACAUGCGUCACACCGCGAGACAUGUGGAAUCCUUGAAUGGACUGACGAGCAACCCAGUUCAUUCUUUAUAUUCUCUUUCACCCUCUUCAUCUCGAAGUUUUUUUACCGGAAAUGUUCAAGCCAGAAAUGUUCUAACUGCGCCGUACGUAAUUCCUGAAUCAGACAAGCAAGGAGUUUGUAUUUCUCUAGCUUACUGUAAAACUAGCAGCGACAUUGUUGCUUCCUAUCGUCCUAAAAUCGAGACACCUGACGGCCUCACUAUUUCUCAACCGACACUAACUGCAGCAGGGCAAGGGACACAGGGAAGCCAUAUCUAUUAUGGAAAAUUUUUAUCUGAGUACAAAAAAUUAGGAGCGACUUGUGCUAACGUAAGUGAUAUUAGACUCCCGAAAUCUGCCAUUAUUGAUGGGGUGCACAAUAAUAACCGUGCGUUUGCAUCGGGGGAUGACUCGACUGGUGAACUCGUGCUGCAUGAAUUGCCUUCUUUAAUGGCUUUUGGUCGGCUUAAACCUCGGAAUAAUCAUAUCCGUGAUGUCAAGUACGUGCGUUGUUCGGACUCGGGAGUAAUGAGCUGUUUGAGUGAGGAUACUCUGCAGCUGUACACAGCAAAGCUAUUGUGAUUUGUGAACAUGACAAUUAACUGUAUUUUUGGUGAUGUUAAUUAUUUCUGAUAGGAGUUCAUGUUUUUCUUCGGUUUUUUGUUAAAUAGUUGUAAAGGUUUUUGUGGUGAUUUUUUGUAAUUUGUAGUGGUGUUGAAAUGAUAUUGUUUUGGUCUUUGUAUUAGGGCAGUCUAACUGUUAGACAGGAUGACUUAUGUAUUUUUCUUAAAAAUAAAUAUGCAAGCUUAUGUUAUAAAUUAGUAUAUUUUUAUUAAA